GUAUGUUGUUUAGUUCGGUCUUCUCACAAUCGCCGGAAGGCCCGUUGUGUGAGCAUGCCGACGGCGCCGGAACAAUCCGAGCCCCCCCAAGCCCAGCGCCAUCGCCAGCACCAGCACCCAGCGACUGCUGCACCUGAGCGCGGGAGUUUGGCAAAAGAAAGAGCAGCAGCCACCGCUGCGGCGGCCUUUCGGUCCAUUUCGUCAUACCCUUACCUGACAGGCCUCCCUCCAAAGCAAUUCCAUCCGCACACAUGCGGCAGCAUCUCAACGUCUUCAGGGACCGAGUCGACCAAACCGACACGACGGGACAAUUUCCAAAGCAGAAGACUCGAAACUCCGAGAAACACCCGGGGAGACAACCUUCCAAGAAGAAGACAAAAGAAAUCCUCACGGCCGAUAGGUCGGUAGUAUGACGCGCUCCGCCGUAGACAAUCGAGACCAUCCAAGCGAAGCGAGCGGAUCAGCUGCUCUUGUGGUUGCGGCCCGCUCCGGCACUGACUCCGGCUCAGGUUCUGCCCUCCUUCUCCCUCGAUUCGUCCAUCCGCACGCCUAUUCCGAUAACUGUUGGCGAGCGGCGCUGAUCACGCCGUCCCGGCUACUACACGCCUGCGACUCCUAUCACCAGUCAGUCCUUGGCGAUCCCGGUCGCCCGCCAGGCCUGCCCGUGUUCUCCCUGCGCUCAAGGUCACGAUGAAACCUCAGCGACAGAUUCUACCCGCAGGCCCGUCAGCAGCCAGCGGCGCCUCACCAGAACAGGGGUCGACCCCGCAAUCCGCUACCGGAAUCUCCUCAAGUGCUCCUAGACGCCGUCUCCAUACAAAGAUUGCUUGCACCUCAUGUCGUCGGAGGAAAUUAAAGUGCGAUGGCCAGCGUCCCGUGUGCUCCCUAUGUGCCAGCAUGGGCCGUACAAGGUGUGAGUACGAUGCCGGCCCAAGCGUUACUCGCUUUGCAGCUCUCAAAACCAAGUACGAGGAACUGCAGCGCCGCGUCACCCUCUUCGAAGAACUCUUCCGCCUGCUAUCGAUGCGCUCAGCGGCCGAGUCCGUCGAACUCAUCAGCCGCAUGCGCACCGCCAACAUCGAAACGGACCUCGAAGACCUCGUCAAGUUCAUCAAGAACGCCGACUUGUUGAUGCAACUGGCCUCCGACCAGCCGGACCAGACCGCCUCGGGAGAGUCAGAUGUCGACAUGCACCUCCCAAUCAUGUCCCUGGACGACAUAUCCUCUCUUCUCGAGCUUUUAAAACCGGCCGUUUCUAAACUCGACGCCUCAGCCCGGACUGUUUUAAUGGACACGAUUAGACAUGACAUAGAUGUUUUCACCUCACACGAAGGCUGUCGAUCAGGCUCCGCGGAAACAGUGAAGCCGGAAGGAAUGCCGGACGGAGAGGCACACGCAGAGAUGGACAGCGGACGAUCCCAGAUACAAAGGGGUCUUUUUUAAGCGCCAACUUAAUGAUGACUUGACGAGACCGAACUGGGGCGCGCGUACUAAUUGCCUUGAGAGAUUGGCGCAUUCCUGUAUGACGGCCGCGAGAUAAUGGUUUCAUGAAAAAGCGGCGGUGGGUCAGCCUCAGAUGGCACGAGAGCUUGAUCGGUGAACUCCGCGCAUACAGACCACGAAGGCGAAGCAGGCUGCGGGCUUGGGAAACUACAGGGUUGUGUGAUAGGGCAUGAUGAUUCCUUCUGCAAUCGGUUCCGGCUUCCCAAGAGCCAGUAUUUGUUUUUCACUCUCCCAACGAGCAACAUCUGAAUACGUCAAUUGGAUAGGUGUCUUGAUCUAGGAUGUCCGACAAGCACGUCCACUCGCUGAUUGUUGACGUCAUAAACCUGCCUGGAAGAAAAACGCGGUUGAAGCACAAUAGUUAAAUAAUGCUCGCCCCCCGAAAAAAGCACUUCAAAUUGGUGAAACGAUACCCAGCACCUACCCCUCAAUACCCGCCUGUUCCCAGGGCUGAACAUCUAUUCAUUCCUUGCCUACCAAUUUGUGUCUUGUGCACCAAACACUUUGAAAGCAUCUGUCUACAUGGCUGCAUCCGAAUACAAGAAGUCUAUUGCCCCAAGUGGACUUCUUACAUCUUUAUCUGCGAAGUUUGCCCCUGAUAAACCUGCUCCCCGCCGAUCUAUUGGUCAAUUGGACACCAAAGAGCCCAUUAAUCAAACUUGGCCCGGUAUGCGCCUCGCAGAUGCUGGUCUGGUAGAGGUAUCCUCGUCGGCAAAGCGCCGUCGGAUUGAUCUUGGGACGGUUGAGAACCAAGACUUCGACAGUCAUGUCAUGGAGGGACUCAGUGAGUUAGAGGAUCGCUUGCGAAGUGUCACCAGAUGUCAGCUUUCACUCCUUCAAACGAGCGCCAUAUUUCAAAACAAAAGUGGAAGUCAUCCUGAGGAUCAUGUUCUCAGAUCACGUUCUCAGACUCCACCAACACCAUUGUCAAGCGUUAGCUAGAGGAUGGUGAUGCCGGAACCCCCCCCCCCCGGGUUUAAGGAACUGGGCGGGCAGAGAAUUAAGCAUGCAGGAAAACGGCAUAAAGAUUUUGGCUUUUGGAACGGGAGAACUAUGGGCAAGUCACGUAAUUAGUGGCCAAUGUCCGGAGGAGCGAUGUGAACGUGGCGAAGUCGAAGCCCCCAGUUCAGAAAACCCCGUCAAAUAAUCCUGCAAUGGGCGUUCUUGUGUUUGCGGAGGUGGGGCGGGAUUGAAGACUGGGACAGGUAGACUGAACUCCACUCUUUGCAGAUUAAGUUGUCGUUUUAAUUGAUGAUUGGUCCAAAAACACCAUCUGGAGCACGGAACAACUUCCGAAGGGCCAGUAAGUGUUCAGGCUGACCAAUUAACAAUGACGGUCUCCGUGUUGCAUGCGAAGCUGAUGAUCCACUAUUAGUGGACCACCGACAUGGAGGGGUUCAACUCAUUGAAAGGGCCGUGACCCUGUCUACUCCGAAAAGGGGUUCUUCGGACUGGCAGUCCAGGUCAGUCAGGCAGACAGAGGAGGCACUGCAGAUCUCCUGGCUUCCAUCAGCGUUCGCACACUGCAAGCCGUGUUCUCCCUUUGUAACAUCGAGCGGCCAAUUCGCCACCGUGUCGCAAUUAUAGGCAUUGUCCUGCCAGUGAAAGGACCCUAUCUGGUUUGUCUUGGGCUUGCUUGUGCAUGCUAGCUUUCCUGCCGUCACCCCGUUUCCCCGAUUUGCCCAUUGAAUUUCAAUCAUUUUCUCGACUCCACUGCCUUUGACCACCUCGUCCCGAAUU